AUGGUGUUCUUGGUGAGCCAGGGGUGUAUAAAGCCACUCUGUGAUCUCCUAAUUUGUCCUGACCCAAGAAUAGUCACUGUCUGCUUGGAAGGGCUUGAGAACAUUCUAAAGGUUGGGGAAGCUGAGAAAAAUUUGGGUAGCACUGGUGAUGUAAAUGUCUAUGCACAGUUGAUUGAUGAAGCCGAGGGUUUAGAGAAAAUUGAGAACCUUCAGAGUCAUGACAACAAUGAAAUAUAUGAGAAGGCUGUGAAGAUUCUCGAGACAUAUUGGUUGGAGGAGGAUGAUGAGCAGUUGCCACCAGGUGAUGCGUCUCAAUCUGGAUUCCAGUUUGGAGGAAAUGAUGUUCCAGUUCCAUCUGGUGGAUUCAAUUUCGGUUGA